GACGAAUUGUUUCAUUUGUGUCGCUUGAAUGGAAUGCUAAUGAGGAGAGGUGGAGGGAAAAAAGUUAAUUAUUCAUGCCAGCCGGCUGAGAGGAAGGCAGAUCCUAGCUUCCCCUGUUACCAUUGCAACAAGUGACUGUGUUGGCCUAGUGAGGGCAAAGCAAGGGAAGCAGUUUGUAACUAACAAGAAGAGAUGCCUUCUCAGGAAAGGAAACCUGUCUUCUUGAGCUACAUCACGCAUAGCCAGGUGGACCUAAGAAGAGCCUGCAGCCAAGAAAGAAAGUCCUUCGUAUCUCAGAUUUGCUUCAUGAUUAACCACUCCUCCUGGGGGAAACCGUGUUGCCUUGGAAAAAGAGAAAAUCUGUACAGAGCGAAUGCUUGGCAAGCAAGUACAAUUGUUCAGUGUAAUAGAGCAACAAAGAGAGAGACAAACUGGACAAAGGACUCUCUUCUAUCAAAAGAUGCAAAAAUGAUUUCAUCUGUAGUCAUUUCACAGAUUAUUAAUGAAAAUAACUCAAAUGAAAACAAGACUGUCUUCACUAGGCAUUCUGUAAUCACCCAGUCGGGUGCUAAUCAUGUGAAUCAAUCUUUGGCUAAUCAUAGCUCAGUCAACAUUAACAGAGCAUUCAUAUUACUUCCCAGAAGAUUAGGAAUUCAGAUCUCUUCCGAUGACAAUGUAUUUGGAACAGAGAUUGAUAGCAAAGAGUGUCAUAAUCAGAAGAAAGGCUUUGCUUCCAUCACCAUCACUGCUAGACGAGUUAUUCCACCGCGGAACAGGAAAAUACAGGUGGAUACUUCUGACCCUUCUUGUUUGAAAUGCCAGGAAAAUAAACCACUAAUGAACACUCUUCUUGCUUCGAACGAGACUGUCCCACAUCAGCUCUGCAGACCUUUGCAUACUCGUGGAAGUUGUCAAAAUCAAAAUGCCACCAAAACAAAGGUUUCUGAACCUCAUCCACAGUUGUGCAAGGGACUUUCUAACACAGAAAAUAAAGAGAACAGAGUGGUCCCCCCUGGAAACAACCCGAACAAGGAAGCACCCAUUUCCUUUACUUCAAGUGUUCACCUCAGUGUUUCCCAGCAUAAUCCAAAUGCAAUAUAUUACGUAGACAAGUCUCUUUCAGUGCCUAUCCAUCAACCUCAAACUAGGAGCCCAAAAACGCAUAGGUCAGUUGCGUCUUUCAGGAUAAAUUGCAGUUCUUCCAGUUUAACACCAGAUGGAGUGAAUGGUUUAGCUAAUGGAAAGAUAAUCACAGAAGUACUUAAGACAAAACUCCCAGAGGAUGCCAAGACUCUGCUUGAAGCAAUUUGGAAUGCAGAUCUUGAGGAGGACUACUCCGUUAGAAAACAGACUUUGGAAAUUGAAUCCUUAAGGGCUGAACAUCUCCAGAAAGAUACCUCUCCACCUGAGACUCUGUCAGUUGUAGAUACUCCCCAAUGGCAUGAUCAUUCAAGUCCAAUGAAAAGCAAUGAUGGAAAUACAAACAACAACCACAUUAUACUGCCUCCUCACUUUCCUGCCUGGACCUAUGAUUUAGGUGAACAACCAUUCUCAGGAAGUAACAGAAAACAGUGCACAAGAGACACAUCUCGUAAGGCCACAUCUGCCUCUUUUCUGGAGCAAUCAUCCAAGAAAGAAUGCAUAUUGGAAGGUAGGAUUUCUUCAAAAAACAAACGUCUACCCAAAGGCACGUCAGAGUCCAAAGAGAGUCAGGCCCAAAGUUUUCCAAGAUCAAAAAAAUCUAUUUCUGAUUGUGGGUGUCGUAUCAAGGCUUCAUCAAAUACAACACUGAAUGAAAAUGCUAAGCUCAGGACAGAUCCAUUCCCCAAAGGUGAUUACAAACUCUAUGGCUCAGCUACCAAGUUGAAAGAGCACAAGGAAAAUGAGAAGAACAAAAUGGUCAGAAGGGUAACAACCUCCACGGCGCACAAACCAGAUGUUCCUUGUGAGAAACAUGAAGCCUUCCAGCAGCCAAAGGUCUGCUCUGAGCCUGAGAACAUUCCUGCAAACCCACUGACUCUCAGGGAGGCUCUGGAAAUUCACAAGCCUCACUUUAUUUCCCGCUCACAAGAACGGCUGAAGAAACUCCAACACAUGGUGCAACUGAGGAAAGCCCAGCAGAGUGAUGGCUCAGGAAAGAAACAAGGAGCUAUUCUUUCUCGCAAACUUUCCUCCUCUUCCAUUACAAAUAAGAAGAAACAAUAUACAGUUCCUCAUCCUCUCAGUGGGCAUGCGGUGGUACAUGCAAUUGUAAUCUCCCCAAAUCCUUUUACUUCUGGGAAAGAUAAUCUGUUUAAGCCAAAAGAACGGUCCAUUUCUGAAAAGGAGAUGCACAUGCGAUCCAAGAGAAUUUAUAAUACUCUGCCUGAAGUGAAAAAGAAGCAAGAAGAGAAACAGAAACAGAUCAUCUUACAAAGCAAUAGGAUGCGAGUUGAAGUGUUCAAAAAGCAAUUACUGGAUCAGCUUCUUCAAAGAAAUACAGAAUGACUAAAGAUUACCAGGAACAUCAUUCUUUUGGGGACUUGGAUGUCUUUGAUAAUUAAAAAGCCAUACGCAACUAA